AUGCCUCCCAAGGUGUCCAAGUCAAGCAGUCUUAAGACUUUGCGUGUGAAGUUAUCGGAAACGAUUACAGACUUUGAAGAUAUUCGAAAAUUUAUCUCCAUUAUUGGGGAAACUACCACUUGUAGUCAAAUCAAGGUAAGGCUGGAAAGACUUGAUGAUUUGUGGGAGAGGUUUAGCGAUACAAUUAUUGAAGUAAAAACUCACGAAGAUUUUGUGGCUGAGGAUUUUAAUUUUUCCAAAGAACGCCAAGAUGUUAGUGAUUUUUAUUAUGAAGCGAAGGCUGUCUUAAUGGAUAAGCUCAAGGAUCUUCAGGAGCCUUUUGUGGAUAGUGUAGAUCGCUUGAAUGAGACGUCUGCUCAACACACCUUAGAUCACGUGCGACUUCCACAAAUAAAGCUACAAACAUUUAGUGGAAACAUCGACGAAUGGAUGAGUUUUCGUGAUCUGUACACUUCUCUAAUCCAUUGGAAGACUGAUCUUCCGGAUGUAGAGAAGUUUCAUUAUUUGAAGGGCUGUCUGCAAGGUGAGCCGAAGAGUUUGAUUGAUUCUCUCCAAAUUACGCGGGCAAAUUAUCAGGUGGCCUGGGAUCUUUUGGUCAAACGUUAUAAUAACAGCAAAUUGUUAAAGAAGAAACAAAUUCAAGCUUUAUUUAAGCUCCCUCAACUUUCGAGAGAAUCCCCAUCGGAACUGCAUGGUUUGGUGGAAGAGUUCCACAAGGCUGUUCAAAUACUGGAUCAGGUAGUUCAAGCUGCUGAUUACAAAGAUUUGUUGUUGGUACACUUAUUAACCAGUCGUUUAGAUCCAGUUACGCGUCGCAGUUGGGAAGAGCACUCAGCUUCUGAAGAACAAGAAACAAUCAAUCAGCUUAUGGAUUUUCUUCAGAAAAAGGUCACAGUUCUGGAAUCUUUACCGGUCAAAUCUGCUGAAUCUAAAUUUGUGCAUCAACAUCUUUCGAAACCACGGCUACCUUUUGUGAAAACAAGCUACGGGUCUUUUCAAACGUCAGGUUCUAAUUGCCCCAUGUGUUCUGGUGGUCAUUUUUUGCACGAGUGUGCUGAUUUUAAAAAACUCAAUGCAUCUGAAAGGGAUUCGGUCUUAUUGAAACAGGCGUUGUGUCGAAAUUGUCUUCGAGCUGGGCAUCAGUCAAGGGACUGCAAAUCGAAAUUUUCUUGUCGGAAUUGCAAGGGACGCCAUCACACUUUGGUUUGCUUUCGAUAUGGUAACGGAAAUACUGCUAGCACAAGUAAUUUAAAUCAUCGGAACAAUGGUAAUACGGUAAAUGCUGCGAAUGUCGAGUCAGACGAGUUAGAGAAUGUCACGUCAGCGUCGGCGUCAGGUGUGAAGCGUCCAUCUACGGUUUUGCUAGCCACGGCGGUUGUUUGGUUGGAGGAUGAGCAUGGCGUUAAGGUUCCAGCGAGAGCAUUCCUCGAUUCCGGGUCGGAAUGCAAUUUUGCUACAGAAAGAGUGAGUCAACUCAUCAAUGCAAGUCGGAAAAAGGUGUCGGUUACAGUCCAAGGAAUUGGUCAAUCAAAUUCACAGGUGAAGCAACAAAUUCAAGCAAAGAUUCGUUCGAGAAUUUCGGAUUUUACUUUAAUGGCGGAUUUCUUAGUUUUGCCUAAGGUUACAGCAAACUUACCAACGCAAUCCGUAGAUAUUUCGGGCUGGAGGAUGCCCCAGGAAAUAACUUUGGCGGACCCAGCAUUUUUCAAAUGCAGAUCAGUAGAUCUUGUCUUGGGAAUUGAAUCGUUUUUCUCGUUCUUCAAAUCAGGUCGGGAAAUUUCUCUGGGCAACAACCUUCCAACACUGAUUGAGUCUGUUUUUGGAUGGGUGAUUUGCGGUGGUCAAUCUUUAUCAAAAACAAGUGACCAAAUCACCUGUAAUGUGUCAGUUACGGAAACUAUAGAGGAAAUGGUUUCCCGGUUUUGGUCAAGCGAGGAAAUCGAUGUUGGUCCCAGUUUUUCGCCUGAAGAAGCGCGUUGUGAAGAAAUUUUCAAACAAGACGUUCAACGUUCGGAAGAUGGCCGGUAUGUUGUCAGUUUACCAAAGAACGAGGCUGUUAUUCAGCGUUUGGGUGAAUCGAAAAGAAUCGCAAUUGAUCGCCUCAAAGGUACAGAGCGCAGGUUAGCACGAAAUCCUGUUUUACACGAUGAAUAUCAUAAAUUUAUGAAUGAGUACAUUAAGCUGGGUCAUAUGCGGAAGGUUGAAGAAAUGGAUUCCAAGAAGCGGUGUUUUCUCCCACAUCACCCAGUUCUAAAAGAGGCCAGUACAACGACUAAGGUUCGUGUUGUUUUCGACGCAAGUUGCAAAACUUCUUCGGGGGUUUCAUUAAACGAUGCCUUACUGUUGGGUCCGACAAUUUAG